CACCGCCUGUUCAUUGUACUGAGUCAGCGGCCAUGCGCAGAUGUGACCAGAGGAGGGCUGAGCUGUGUAGGCUGGAGGCUACAUAAAGAUCUCUCUCUGCACUGACACACUAGAAACCACAGGCAAGCAGCCGGAGCCUUGACUUGGACGAGGAAAAACAUAAAUCCAGGAUAGUCUGCCGGUGACGGGGUACCUUGGGAUCUCUCCAACAUCCUCCUCCUCCUCUUCCUCCUCCUCUUCUUCUCACUGACCAUCUCGGAUGCAGAGAGCAGCAGCAGCAGCAGCAGCAGCAGCGAUGCGGCGGCUCUGCUGUUAACGCGUUGUUGGACUCUCUCUCUCUUGUUUUUGCCGGUUUUUAUCUAAAAAAAGGAGGCAGAAUAAACCCACAAUGAAGCUGAAACCGAACCAGACCAGGACAUACGACGGAGAGGGCUUCAAGAAACGAGCGGCGUGUCUGUGCUUCAAGAAUGAACGUGAAGAAGAGGUUUUGCUGGUCAGCAGCAGUCGGCACCCGGACCAGUGGAUCGUCCCCGGAGGUGGGAUGGAGCCGGAGGAGGAGCCGUGUGGUGCCGCGGUGCGAGAGGUGUUUGAGGAGGCCGGCGUGAAGGGCAAGCUAGGACGUCUGCUCGGCGUGUUUGAGCAAAACCAGGAUCGGAAACACCGGACGUAUGUUUAUGUGUUGACGGUCACAGAAACGCUGGAGGCCUGGGAGGACUCCGUCAAUAUAGGACGUAAGCGGGAGUGGUUCACCGUGGACGAGGCCAUCAAAGUGCUGCAGAGCCACAAACCCGUCCACGCCGAGUACCUGCGGAGGCUCCAGCUCAGCUGCUCCCCGACCAACGGGAACUCCAUCCUCCCGAGCCCGCCGCCGAACGACAACUACCCCCAUUACAGCGCCACCGCCACCACGCCCUCGACGGGCAACGUGCUGGGCUCCUCCCGCAGAUAGGACUGCACCCUGAACCUCGUCCUUGAAGCUUGGACUUUUCACUGAAAGUCUGUACAGUCUUGCAUGAAUCUAAUGACUUUUUCAGAGUCGUCGGCUCUCCUGUAUGUAUAAUGUCUAGUCUUUAGCUGCAGGACAGACCAAAGCCAUCAUCAGAACUGUGUUAAAGACUCGGUGUGACGGAGCAGGAGACGUCUCUGGACAGAAAAAACUGUGGAUAUCUCAAGAACACUUUUUCUUUUGCUGGCAAACACCAGACGGAUGAGGCUGAAGCUGCAGACUCAGCUGGUGAAGGAAUGCCUUACGGAAACUUUGUAUGAAUGUUACAGUAUAUUCGGGUCGUUUUAUUUCACCAACGGUCAUUUUUACUUUAUUUUUAGCAGAAUGGAUAUGCUUUCUAGUCAAUAAAAGAGUGAAUUGACCCCAAAGCACGUCCACAUGGGGAAUGUUUCCAGACUUAAUAAUGUCCUAGUCAUCAACCCAUGAUGAUAACAGCAUAGGUCAUAUGCUACAUGGAUCUCAUUUAAAAAAAACAGACUUCCUGAACAUAGAUAUGUUUCAAAGUAAAGUCAGAUUUUCUUUUCAUCAUGUAAUCAUCAAUUAUUGAUAAUUUUUCUAAACUUUAAAGGGCCAGUGUGUAGGAUUUAGGCGAACGGCGUUACCAUGGUUUUGUGAAAGGGAGUGAGCGGAGGGGUACUCAGUUGGUUGCAAUCUGCAACCACACCACUAGAUGGCGCUAAAUCCUACACACUGUACCUUUUAAGUAAAUUGGCCUAAAAUGAUAAAGCAAAAAAAUGGAUGGUGGCGUUGAAAUAGAAGUAACUAAAGUCAAAAUAUUUUACAUAUUUACUUUAAACAAAUAAGAGAGCAAAAUGAGAUAGAAAAUGACAGAAAUAGCUUGUGGUCGUAAAUGGCAGGGUCAAAGGUCAAAGGUCAAAGACGUGCACCAGCUGUCAGCGAGUUGAUACCUCACUAAAGUCAAAACUGGAUCUGAGUCUUGCCGCUGCGUUCGAUAUAUCCUUUAACACGACGCUGCUGUGUCCGUAGUUAAACUUCAGCCAAUGCCCCCGACGUUACGACUCCACUGACCUUGACUGAUCCAACAAACUGCUCUGUUGACUGUUUAAAGCCACAUACCUUUGUUACCGUUUCCCACGUUGUCAAAGUGAAAGUACUUAACGGUGUAAAGGAUAUCUUUGCCUUAGGUAUUACUGUACGUGCUGCUAGGGACAAUUGAGUUGAUUUCAUCUCUAAAGAAUUUUCUUUAAAUGAAAAUAAUCAGGGUUAACUGCUCCUUUAAAUUAACGCUUAGAAGUUCUCUCAUGGUGCUGCAAGGCAAUUUGGUAAAAACCGACCACCAAAUGACAUCAUUAUCCAUGUAUGAUAUGAUUGUUUUUACACCAUCUGCUUGUAAUAGAGAUUACUUUGCGCCUUGGGCUGCAACUAACAAUUAUUUUCAUUAUGGAUUAAUCUAUUAAUGGUUUGGUCAUCACAGUUUUUAUUGGUUCAAAAGAUAAUUUCAAUAUUUUCCAAUUGCAAUUUUUGAUGCAUCAUGGGAUACCAUGUAAUAUCGGCAUUGUCUGUAGGUUUUUCUCUCCAUGUCUCCAGUCUGCUUCUCCACUAGUUAGUGUCAAUUAAAGGCAAAAAAGCUCCUUCAAAAAUAUUCUAAAUAAAUCUACAUUUUGAGUAUGAAGAUGGAAAUCCAAAGAAAAAUGGCUCAAAUUGUCAGUUGAAAUGUCCCAUUUCAGAUCAUUAUUUUUUGCUCAUGUAAAAAAAGAGACACCCACUCGCUCCUAUGUUGACAGCUGAAUGACGACUCGUAACCAUACAGAGAUUUGUAAAUAGCUUUGAAGAGAAACGUGUUUUUAACCUGAAUGUACCUGUAAAAUUUCUCUUUAAUAUUUUCUAUAUUUUUUAACAAAUGUACAAAUGGCAGGAAAAAAAAACAAAACCCACUGAGAACAGUAUGUACAGUAUAUUUGUAUCGAUGACAAUGUGCCACGGGUUUAGGACGCGAUGGUUGGUUGGAAUAGAGAUGGUUGAAUUGAACGCAUUUUAAAAUCAUGAUCUGGUGAAAUCAACGUGUUUGUCAGGGCGGUAUGGAAGUUUAGAGCGGCAAAGAAAUUACAGACUGGAACAUUUUAGAGAUGUCGGGUAAACUAAAUGCAUUUUUUUUUUUACAAAAUAUAUAAAGCAUCUUGCUAAUCAACUUGUGUGUGUCAGAUACACAAGACUGAGUAUAGACAUAAAUUAUAAAAUUGGGUUUUUAUAACAUCUAUUUUGGGGAAAUGCAGUUUUCGAUAAAAGGCAGGACAGUAAUGAUCAGGGAAUGUUUUUGGAAAGCUUCGGUCAGACAAUGAAAAAUAGUUUGUCAUACGCUUUUACAGACAAAUGUUUCAUUUAUUGUUUAUUCCAGCUGUUCUAAAGGAGUAAAACACAUCUCCUCUUUUCCCCGGUGACCCAGACUAAUGCUUCAAAACUUUGCCGCUCCAUUACAAAGUCUUAUCUACAGUACCAUAAACUCUGAAAACACCAAUCCAGCUAUACUUUCAGCCUUGUUCGAUGGGUAAAAUAAGGUCUCCAACCACCUCAAACCUCUGUGUGACUGUGUGUGUAUGUAAGUGUUUUAUUGUGGGUUGAUGAACGUGAAAUAUGAUGUGCCAAAUUGAAAAAUUAGUUUGGGUGUUCAGGUGGAUAAAUCUUUGAUGUCACGUUGUAUUACACCGAUUUUUAGGCCAACUGCUUUGUGAAAAAGAAUAAGGAUCUUAAACAUUGUUUAAUCAACUUUAAUGGGAAGGUUUAUUAAUGUAAUUUCAGAAUAUAAUCAUUUAUAAUGUGAAAAAAAAGUGUGUUUUUAGAGAUUGACUGCAUCCGUCAUUGUUGGAAUUAUGACUAUAAUGAACCACAGGCACUUAUUCUUUUCACCCCAUACUGGUUUUAAUAUCCGCUUAUCAUGAAUCUGAGCAUAUGAGACUAUACCAGUCCAAAUAACAUCAAUUUAACUUAAACCCAUUCAUCGUGAUGUUUUGCUGCUCAGUUCUUCUUCUUCUUAUUGAAACCCUCGUUUGAUGCUUGGGUCUAUGUUGAUCUGUGAAUGCUCCUUUUAUGAGUAAAGCAUGACAGUAAGAAUAAAGAAUCCCACAAAUGAAAUGUAUGUACAAAAAUGUCUUGGACACAAGCGUCCACUAAAUGACCGCUGGAUGUGUGGACAGCUUGAUUGUCUACUGAACACACUGUAAUGUCACACGGAUGUCUAUCCAGAGCAUUUUACUUCAAAGCAAACUAAAGAUUUCUCACCAUUUCUGUCUUGAAUAUUAUGCACCGAAAAGUUUUAACGUGAAAGUGAUUUGAAGACUGGAAAAAGAUUGUUUUUGAGAAAAGAUUGCAUUAAAAGGGGAAAAAUCUUA